CGUCUCUCCGUGUGUAGUUAGAGGGGUGUCCCUCCUCCGCAUUUUGUGCUGCUUGCCAUGCUUUAGACGCCGGAGCGCAGGGAGAGAGGCGAGAGUGAGAGAGGUAACGCCGGUCUCCCUCUCCGGGCUGCCUGUCUUUUUUUCGGUCUCACCUCGGGUCCGGUUCCUCCUCAUCCUCUUUUUGAGCCCACCUUCCUGUGGUCGGCUUGUUUUUGUCCAUUAAGAAGAGAGAGAGGGAGGGAAAGAGCUGGUCAUUUCAGUGGGGUUUCAUGCGGUUUUUGCUCAUCCAGGAGGAGGGACGCGCUUCUGUUACGCACUAGGUUUUGAUCAUCUUCUGUUUUUUCUUUUUCUUUUUUUCGGUGCUCCAUUUGGACAGUACAGGACAGCCGAGCGGAGCUUGGAUGAGCCGCCUCGCCGAAAUCCCGAGAUGGAGUUGCUGCUGAUCUUUCUUUCCCUGUGGAUAUUGCAAUGCAAUUUGGCCAGAGCGGACUCCAUCAUACACAUUGGUGCCAUAUUUGAGGAAAACGCAGUGAGGGAUGAUGAGAUAUUCCAACUUGCCAUCUCAGACCUGAGUCUGAACGACGACAUUCUGCAGAGCGAGAAAAUAACCCACUCUGUGAAACUUAUCGAGCCUAACAACCCUUUCCAGGCUGUGCAGGAAGCAUGCGAGUUGAUGAACCAGGGGAUCCUCGCUCUUGUCACAUCCACGGGCUGCGCCGCCGCGAGUGCCCUGCAGUCCCUGACGGACGCGAUGCACAUCCCCCAUCUCUUCAUCCAGAGGAACGGGGACGGCUCGCCCCGAACCGCCUGCCAGCUCAACCCCAGCCCGGACGGAGAGAGCUACACGCUGGCCGCCCGUCCGCCCGUUCGGAUCAACGAAGUCCUGCUCAACUUAGUGUCUGAGCUGCACUGGCAGAAGUUCAUCAUCUUCUAUGAGAGCGACUACGAUAUCCGCGGUUUGCAAACCUUCAUGGACCAAUCUUCCCGGAUGGGACUCGACGUGUCCCUGCAGAGGGUGGACCGCAACGUCAGCCGCGUGUUUACCGACCUCUUCAACACGAUGCGCACCGAGGAGCUCAACCGGUAUCGGGACACUUUACGCCGGGCCGUGCUGCUCAUGAGCCCUCGGGGUGCGCAGGUCUUCAUCCACCAGGCUGUGGAAACCAACCUGGCAUCCAAGGACAGUCACUGGGUCUAUGCCAAUGAGGAGGUGAGUGAUGCCGACAUCAUGGAGCUGGUCCACAGCUCUCUGGGGAGGAUGACCAUCAUUCGACAGAUCUUCCCGUUGUGGAGGGACACCAACGUUCGCUGUAUGAGGAACAACCAUCGCAUCUCCUCCCUUCUCUGUGACCCACAGGAAGGUUAUGUGCAGUCCCUGGAGGUGUCCAACCUCUACCUGUAUGACAGUGUUUUGAUGCUGGCCAAUGCCUUCUACAGGAAACUGGAGGACAGGAAAUGGCACAGUAUGGCCAGUCUCAACUGCAUGAGGAAGUCCACCAAGCCAUGGAACGGCGGGUGGUCCAUGUUGGACACCAUCCAAAAGGGACGCAUCAGUGGACUGACGGGAGUGAUGGACUUCCGCACUGAAGGCUCCAACUCUCAUGUUCAGUUUGAGAUUCUUGGAACCAGCUACAGCGAGACGUAUGGUAAAGAUGUGAAACGGCUGGCGUCUUGGGACUCCACUCGUGGCCUGAACGGUAGCCUGAAGGAGAAUCGGAUAGAGAGCGGGAUGCAGGGAGUGACGCUCAAGAUCGUAACGUUACUGGAAGAACCUUUUGUGAUGGUGGCAGAAAACAUUCUGGGCCAACCCAAGAGAUACAAAGGUUUCUCCAUCGACGUCCUGGACGCCCUUGCAAAGAUCCUGGGUUUCAAAUACGACAUCUACCAGGUUGGAGACGGGAAGUACGGCUCAGCGCUGCCCAAUGGAUCUUGGAAUGGCAUGAUGGGAGAACUCAUUGGCAAGCGAGCUGACUUGGCGAUAUCAGCCAUCACCAUCACCCCCGAGCGCGAGAGCGUGGUGGAUUUCAGCAAGCGCUACCUGGACUAUUCAGUUGGAAUCCUGAUGCGCAAGUCCGAGGAGAAGAUCAACAUUUUUUCUCUGCUGGCACCGUUUGAUCUGGCAGUGUGGGCGUGCAUCGCCGCAGCCAUCCCUGUAGUGGGCAUCAUGAUCUUCCUGCUCAGGCGCAUCCAGGCGGUGCGCUGCCAGAACAGUGCAGGAGGACAUCCGCCGCCUUCUGUCUCCACUUCACUUCAGAGUGCCAUCUGGAUCGUCUACGGUGCUUUUGUGCAACAAGGCAGCGACUCCAUCCUGGGAUCAGUUGCUCUGCGGAUCGUGAUGGGCAGCUGGUGGCUCUUCACCCUCAUCGUGUGUUCGUCUUACACAGCGAACCUGGCUGCCUACCUCACAGUGUCACGCAUGGACAACGCUGUCAGGUCGUUUCAGGACCUGUCCAAGCAGGUGGACCUGGUGUACGGGACGGUGAGGGACUCGGCCGUGUACGAGUACUUCCGGGCCAAAGGCACCAACCCCCUGGAGCAGGACAGCACCUUCGCGGAGCUCUGGAAGACCAUCAACAAGAACAACGGCUUCGAGAACUCCGUCUCUGGCCCGUCAGAUGGGAUCAAGAAGGCAAGGCGCGAGUCGUAUGCCUUUCUGUGGGACAUGGCGGUGGUGGAGUACGCCGCUCUGACAGACGACGACUGCACGCUGACCGUGGCGGGGAACAGCAUGAGCACCAGAGGCUACGGCAUGGCCCUGCAGCACGGCAGUCCUUACAGAGACCUCUUCUCUCAGAAGAUUUUGGAGCUUCAGGAAAAAGGCGACCUGGACAUCCUGCAGCAGAAAUGGUGGCCAAAGAAAGGCCGCUGUGACCUGCAGAGCUACGCCGACGCCCAGCCGGAGGGACGCGCGCUGCGUCUCCAUAGCUUCGCCGGUGUCUUCUGCAUCCUGGCUGCCGGGCUGCUGCUGGCCCUCCUGGUGGCCGCACUGGAGACCUGGUGGAACAGCAACCGCUGCCGAAGAGAGCAGCCCAAAGAGCAGGUGACUAAGGAUUACGGUCUGGAAAGGGUCUCUGGUCCAUUGACAUAUAAUGACAUUACGAGCACUUCACCUGAAGGGAGGCGGCACAUAUGGACAGUCAGAGAGAGAGAGACUGGGAGGAGGCCAAGGCUCUUGACAAAGGACAAAGAGGUGAACCUGGAACAGGUCCACCAUCGUUUGAACAGCCUCCUGGACGAGGACUUGGCCCACAAGCAGCUGCCGGGCCAGUCUAUCGAGAUCUCUUCCCUGGACAUUGGCAGCAUGCAGCCCAGCCAGUCCCUGGAGGCCCUGUCUGCCCGGGACUACUCUCGGGGGCCGCGGCCAAUGUCUGUGACCACCUUCCUGCAGGAGGGUCACGGGCCAGGAAGGACACUGGGUGCAGCGGCUGGCAGGACCUUGCCCCUGCCCCUCAGCAGUGCCACCAUGCCCUCUAUCCGCUGCAAACAUAGGGCGCCCAACGGGGGUCUCUUCCGGCAGAGCCCAGUGAAGACGCCCAUGCCAAUGUCCUACCAACCAGUGCCAGGAGGACCCAUCCCAGAAGCCGGCGAGCUCAGCCACGGGACAUCAAUCUGAGCACGUUGAACAUUCAAAGACACUCGAGCUCAGAAUGGAGCACUGUACAGAGCUGACAGUGUGAGGAGAUAUAAAUAAAACACUAAAAAAUGAUUUUUAUCACCAGUGAGGAGGAGUCGGUGGAAGAGGACUCGUGACAACACACUGGGACUUUAAUGUACAUAUUUGUAAGUACAAAGAGAGAUAGAAGCAACAUUAAAAAGUGUAUUUUGAAUAUUCUCAACAGUUGGGUUUAAAAAACACAAAAGUUAAAAAAAUUAAUUAAAAAAAUGACUGUUUGAAUGGCUUUGUAAAUUUUGUUCUUUAUGAAUAAAGGUGACGAUUCUUUGUGGUUGUUUUCUAAGUGCCAAGUUCAAAGAUGUUUUCUUUCAGAUUAACAUUAACUGAAUGUACUGUAAGAAAUCAUGAUGAUAAAAAAAAAGAGACAUUUCACACUUAAACGACAUUGGAAGAAUUUAUUUGUUUCAUAUGAAAACAAUAAAAAUAUGAUACAAAAAUGCAGA